AGGGGGCGUCCUCUCUUUCUCCCCCUCCUCACCUCAAACCCCCCCGACUCAAAAAAUCCCGUUUAAUUUCCCAUCCGGGGAUUGGAAAACUCCCCCUUCCUCCCCCAACCCCCCCCCCGUAAUUCGGGUGAUUCCUAAACCCCCUCCCCGGCUUUUUGUCCGGGGGGGUCACGGGUGGGACACCCUCAAUUUUGGGAAGUUCCCCCCCUUUUUCCCGAGGUUUUCCCCCUUUUUCCCCCCUUUUCCCGUCGCGUAUCCGGGGAACGGGAUGACGGGACCUUCCUGUUCCCGGCCCCGCUCCCGCCUCGCUCCCGGGGGCUCCCCCCGAAACGACCCCCCCGGACCUCCCGCACCCCCGAGAGCCCCCCCAAAAUCAGCCCUGGAGCCCCCCGGACCCUCCGGGAUCCCCGAGGAACGAGGCCCCAAAGGGAUUUCAGGAGCUGAGUCCGGAGCAACCGUGGGACCCCCCAAGACCCCCCAAGGAACAGGCCCCCCAAACCCCCCCAUGGAGCAGGAGGAGCCUGAGGUGGUGGAGCUACAGGACUCGGACGAGGGGGACGAGGGGGACAUGGUCAGGAGGGUCUUCAUCGCCGAUGACGGGAUCGUGAGCGAGGAUGAGGAGGAGGAAAUUCUGCCGCAGGAGAUCAUCCAGACCGUGAUCCCCCACAGCCCCCUCUGUCCCCCCGCCCCGCGGGCACCCCCGGGCCCCUCCCAGGGCGGGUCCGAGGAAGGGGGGGGGCGCCGCGGAGGGGGUCGGCAACGCCCCUUUAUCUGCAACGAGUGCGGGAAGAGCUUCAGCCACUGGUCGAAGCUGCUGCGGCACCAGCGAACCCACACGGGGGAGCGGCCGAGCACCUGCGGGGAGUGCGGGAAGAGCUUCUCCCAGAACUCCCACCUGGUGCAGCACCGCCGCACCCACACCGGGGAAAAGCCCUACAGGUGCGGCCACUGCGGGAAGAGCUUCUCCUGGAGCUCCAACCUCAUCCAGCACCAGCGGAUCCACACCGGGGAACGGCCCUACGGCUGCUCCGACUGCGGGAAGAGCUUCACGCAGAGCAAGAACCUCAUCAAGCACCAGCGAACCCACGCGGGGGGGGCACGGCCACGGAGAGCCCCCCAGUACCCUGGGAAGCCCCCCAGGGCGAGGGGGGAGUCCUCGGGGGUGGAGGGGGCAGAGGAGGGGGCUGGGGAGCCCCUGAUCUGUGUGGAGUGCGGGGAGAGCUUCGCCCGGAGCGCGGCACUGAGGAAGCACCGGAGGGGGCACCUCCCGCUCUUCGGGCCCUGAGGGGACACGGGGACACCAUGGAGGGGACACAUGGACAGUGGGACAUGGCCCUGCCACUGCAGAGGGCACCGACUGCUGUUUGGGACAUGGGGACACACAGACAGGGGACGGAUGGACAGUGGGACACUGCCCUGGCACCGGAGGGGGCACUGAGGGCUCUUUGUACCCCAAGGGGACAUGGGGACAAUGGCCAGGGGACACACAGACAGAGGGACACCAUGAAGGGGACACACGGACAGGGGGACACCUGGCCCACAGUGGCUCUGCCCUGGGCACAGCUCUGGGCACCUGCCACUCCUUGUGCCCUGAGGGGACACAGGGACUGUGACACCAUGCCAGGGGACACACGGGCUGUGCCACAGGCAGGACAUGGGGACAGGGCUGGGGACACACGGACAGUGCCACACACAAUGGGACACGGUGUCCCCAAAUUCCUCCAUGUUCCCGUGUCACCUCAGUGCCCCCCUGGACCCCCCAGUGCUCCCAAUGUCCCUGUCGGUGCCAGAACCCAAAGCUGUAAAUAGGGGGGGAGGGGACACACACACAAGAAGGGGGGACCCCCGGGGGGGAGUGGUGACAUCGGGACCCCCCUGUGG